CUGAAGUCAGCCCGUGAGUGUAACGAUGGCAGGGAGAUCGUCACUUUUUAAAGUCAUUCUCCUUGGAGAUGGUGGCGUUGGGAAGAGUUCUCUGAUGAACAGAUAUGUAACUAAUAAGUUUGAUGCCCAGCUGUUCCAUACAAUAGGUGUGGAAUUUUUAAAUAAAGAUUUGGAGGUGGAUGGACAUUUUGUUACCAUGCAGAUUUGGGACACAGCUGGCCAAGAGCGAUUCCGGAGCCUGAGGACGCCAUUUUACAGGGGUUCUGACUGUUGCCUGCUCACUUUCAGUGUCGAUGAUUCACAAAGCUUCCAGAACCUGAGUAACUGGAAGAAAGAAUUCAUAUACUAUGCAGACGUGAAAGAGCCAGAAAGCUUUCCUUUUGUGAUUUUGGGCAACAAGAUUGACAUAAGUGAGCGACAGGUGUCCACACAAGAGGCCCAGGCCUGGUGCAGGGACAACGGUGACCAUCCUUACUUUGAAACGAGUGCGAAAGAUGCCACCAAUGUCGCGGCCGCCUUCGAGGAAGCGGUUCGGAGAGUUCUUGCUACAGAGGAUAGGUCGGAUCACCUGAUUCAGACAGACACAGUCAAUCUCCACCGAAAGCCCACACCUAGCUCAUCUUGCUGUUGACCGUACGGACGGUUGGUGCAUUCUAACCCACUCACAUGCAUAACCACGAGAGUGGAUAAGCAAAUUAGUCUUCGCAGCGGUGAGCCAUGGAGAGAGAUCAGCAGACAGGACUCGCAGCUGCUCCGGGAGUCGGCGGGAGAAGGGAUGUGUCCACUCUAGAGGAAUCUGUUUAAGCAAUAAUGGCACUUGCAUUUAGAAAUUAUAACGGUUGUCUAAUGUUC